GUCACGUGGCAUGAGGAGAGGUGGGCGGGGAUCUGAAGAACGCUAGCGUCGUCGGUGGCGGUGGCGCGCGGCCGCGGCAUCCGCGGCUCUAGGUCGCACCCUUCGGCCUACCGCCACUUCCCCACUGCCUCACGCCUUUCCUUUACUCAUCUCCCGCACUGAGCGGGUCCUGGCCGCGCUCUCGCUCGUUUGCGGUGUGCGCAGGCGCGGCGGGGGCGAUUAGCUCCAUUGGGUGGGCGGUGGAUCCCGGGAGCGCGCGGGCGAGACCAUGGCGGGUUGCAGCACAGGGGGCGUUGGUGCCGGGGAGACGAAGGUGAUUUACCACCUGGAUGAAGAAGAGACUCCCUACCUGGUGAAGAUCCCUGUCCCUGCUGAGCGCAUCACGCUGGGAGAUUUCAAGAGUGUUCUGCAGCGACCCGCGGGCGCUAAGUACUUUUUCAAGUCUAUGGAUCAGGAUUUCGGGGUGGUGAAGGAAGAAAUUUCAGAUGACAAUGCCCGCCUCCCCUGCUUCAAUGGAAGAGUGGUAUCCUGGCUAGUGUCAUCAGAUAACCCCCAACCCGAGGUGGCUCCCCCAGCCCAUGAGCCUCGGACAGAACUGGUGCCUCCACCCCCACCAUUACCCCCUUUGCCACCAGAGAGGACCAGUGGCAUUGGGGACUCAAGGCCUCCAUCCUUCCACCCUAAUGUGUCUGGCAGCCAUGAAAAUCUGGAUCCUGAGACAGAAACUGAGUCGGUUGUGUCACUGAGGCGGGAGCGGCCUCGAAGGAGAGACAGCAGUGAGCAUGGCGCUGGUGGCCACAGGCCCAGUGGCCCCUCCAGGCUAGAGCGCCACCUGGCUGGGUAUGAGAGCUCGUCUACCCUCAUGACCAGUGAGUUGGAGAGUACCAGUCUUGGAGACUCAGAUGAAGAUGACACUAUGAGCAGGUUCAGCAGCUCCACAGAGCAAAGCAAUGCCUCCCGCCUCCUCAAACGCCAUCGACGGCGGAGGAAACAGCGGCCACCUCGCAUGGAAAGGACCUCAUCCUUCAGCAGUGUCACAGAUUCCACCAUGUCUCUCAACAUCAUUACAGUCACACUCAACAUGGAGAAGUACAAUUUCCUGGGUAUCUCCAUUGUGGGCCAAAGCAAUGAGCGGGGUGACGGAGGCAUCUACAUCGGCUCCAUCAUGAAGGGAGGUGCUGUGGCAGCUGACGGACGCAUCGAACCAGGGGACAUGCUUUUGCAGGUGAAUGACAUGAACUUCGAGAACAUGAGCAAUGAUGAUGCCGUGCGGGUACUGAGGGACAUUGUGCACAAGCCAGGCCCCAUUGUGCUGACAGUGGCCAAGUGCUGGGAUCCCUCCCCUCAGGCCUACUUCACACUCCCCCGAAAUGAGCCCAUCCAGCCAAUUGACCCUGCUGCCUGGGUGUCACACUCAGCUGCACUGACUGGCACUUUCCCAGCCUAUCCAGGCUCCUCAUCCAUGAGCACCAUUACGUCUGGAUCCUCUUUGCCUGAUGGCUGUGAGGGCCGGGGUCUCUCUAUUCAUAUGGACAUGGCAUCUGUGACUAAGGCCAUGGCAGCUCCAGAAUCAGGACUGGAAGUCCGGGACCGCAUGUGGCUCAAGAUCACCAUCCCGAAUGCCUUUCUGGGCUCGGAUGUGGUUGAUUGGCUCUACCAUCAUGUGGAGGGCUUUCCUGAACGACGGGAGGCCCGCAAGUAUGCCAGUGGGCUUCUGAAGGCUGGUCUCAUCCGACAUACUGUGAAUAAGAUCACCUUCUCUGAGCAGUGCUACUAUGUCUUCGGGGACCUCAGUGGCGGCUGUGAGAGUUACCUAGUCAACUUGUCUCUGAAUGAUAAUGAUGGCUCUAGCGGGGCUUCAGACCAAGACACCCUGGCUCCUCUGCCUGGAGCGACCCCCUGGCCCCUACUGCCCACCUUUUCCUAUCAAUACCCAGCCCCGCACCCCUAUAGCCCCCAGCCUCCACCCUACCAUGAGCUUUCAUCCUACACCUAUGGUGGGGGCAGUGCCAGCAGCCAGCACAGUGAGGGGAGCCGGAGCAGUGGUUCAACAAGAAGUGAUGGGGGGGCUGGACGCACAGGGAGACCUGAGGAACGGGCCCCUGAGUCGAAGUCUGGCAGCGGCAGUGAGUCUGAGCCCUCCAGUCGGGGGGGCAGCCUUCGGCGGGGUGGGGAAUCUAGUGGGACUGGUGAUAUGGGCCCUCCUCCAUCUAGAGGCUCAACAGGGGGUACUCCCAAUCUUCGAGCCCACCCAGGGCUCCAUACCUAUGGACCUCCUCCAGGCAUGGCUCUUCCCUAUAACCCAAUGAUGGUGGUCAUGAUGCCCCCACCCCCACCACCUGUUCCUCCAGCAGUGCAACCCCCAGGUGCUCCUCCAGUCAGAGAUCUGGGUUCUGUGCCCCCAGAACUAACAGCCAGCCGCCAAAGCUUCCAUAUGGCCAUGGGCAACCCCAGUGAGUUCUUUGUGGAUGUGAUGUAGAGGGCACCCUGGGGUCAUGUUGGGUCUGUACCCUUGGCCUGUCCAGCGUCGGCUUGGGUGUCCCUGUUCUGUGACUUGUCAAUCACCACCUUAUUGUUCCUUGCAGUGCCUGGGCUCAGCCUACCAUUUCAUUACCACUGUAACUUUCACCAACAGUGCCUGGUCCUCCCCCUUCCUUCAGGGGUAGACAAGGGACCUUUGGUUAUUUUUAGCUUUAUUGUUUUUUAUAAGCCUUUUGGGGGGUUGAAAUAGACUUUUUUACAUUUUUGGGAAUUUUUUAAAUAGACAUUUUCUUUUUUGUAUGAAGAAUCCCUGUCUUCUGGGCCCCUUCUAACCCCAGAAUGUGACCUCUUCUUGCAGUUGUCCAGUCAGCUCUGCCCUUUGCAGGGCCAGGGGAUGAUCAGUGGUAUACUGAGAGGAGGAAGGGGGUUGGGCAUUCUAGACAGCAGUCCAAGGAAGCUGGGGUAUUUGGUAUUUGGGGGUUGUGUAGCUGCCUUUGUUAUUCUAUUUAUUUUAGUCACUUGUAUAAAACACCAAAUAAAGCAAUAGAGGCAAACUC